CCCCAUGAUUUUCUUUUAGUCAAACCACUCUAUUUAAAUUGCUGGCAAAUAAUUAUUAUCGAUUCCCAAACAAAAGGAAUGCCUUUAUUCCAUUUUAGUUUAAGCACUUUUUGUCAACCUUCCGCCUCCCUUUUGGCCCGAGUUUAGGCUUACUAUCAACCAAUUGAUAUCAACUACCUGCUGUUAUGUUAGUUCUUCAUUACGAGACAAACUUGGGCCAUGACAACAGCCGAUCCAAAAGCGAAGAGGAGAAACAAGAGCUCAUACUUGCGCCAUGCGGCCAAGAAGCCCCGCGGAAGUCGAGAGCUGGAAGCGGGGAUGCAGGGUCUGCUCAUCACCUGCAACAUGAACGAGAGAAAAUGCACGGCAGAGGCGUACAGCUUGUUGAAUGAGUAUGCAGACCAACUAUACGGCCCAGAGAAGUUUGUAGAGGAAUCUAACAGUGAGGAUGAGGAAGAUGACGAUGCUGAAGCUGCCCUGAAGAAAGAAGUAAAACAGAUCAGUGCAUCGACACAAAAGCAGCUCCGCCGAUUCCAGGCUUUGGACAGUGGUGCCAACAAUGUUGUCUUCAUCAGAACUCAUGACAUUGAACCGGACAAAUUAGUUCAUCACAUUUUGAAGGAUCUACAUACGACCAAGAAGAAGAAAACCCGCGCUAUUCUGCGGAUGUUGCCAGUGUCGGGGUCGUGCAAGGCUUUCAUGGAGGAGAUCCCAAAGUACUUUGAGACUUUCCUGGAACCCUGGUUCAAAGUUCCCAAAAAGGCUACUUUCCAGAUUGUUUAUAAAGCUAGGAAUAAUAGUCACAUGAACAGAGAUGAUGUCAUCAAGGCCCUGGCAGGUGUAGUAGCAAAUUUGAAUGCUGAAAACAAAGUUGAUCUUAGUUUUCCUGAAUACACCAUCAUAGUGGAGAUAAUCAAAGGCGUGUGCUGUGUGAGUGUUGUCCGGGACUAUGUACUUUUCCGCAAGUACAACCUGCAAGAGGUAACAAAAAAUGACAUGGAGGAGAAAUCGAAAAAAAACACCUGCUCUCCCUCUGAGAAUAAUGGUUGUGUAGGUUCAAAAGAGCAGCUGGAAGAAAAGAAACCCAACAAGAAAGUUGAAGAUGAAGGGCAGGAACUGGAGCCACCUGUCAUGGGUACAGAAGAUGUCUUUCAAGAGCAGAAAAGUGGAGAACAGGGAGCUGAAAAGGAGACCAUUUACAGUGAGAGUAACCAGUCUGAAUCAUAGUCUGGUGGAUUGACUGUUCCACAAACUUUCUUUUUGUAAUUUUGGACAGCAAAUCUUUUCUAAGUUACACCUUUGCACCUGUUCAGGAGUAGUGUGUUGCUCCUGAAUACUCUGCCAAAGUCUUCACACAUUGUAAAUGAGUAAGGAGGAAAGUUUAACUUUGUAAACUAAAAGGCUGUGGUGGUUUAUCUUGUCUUCAGACCUGUUACAGGAUGUUCCUGUUGAAAGUAAAUCUUGCUACUUUUUUCCGAAAUAGAUAUUUGGAUUUUUUUUAAAGGAAAAUUGUUCAAAACAAGUUUCAAUUAAAAUGUUGAUUUUUACCUCCAAUUUUAUUUUAAUACGAUACUUUGGAAUGAUUUGGACAUUGAAUACUCUCUGGUUUAAUCUCAUUGUCAUUCUCGGCUGAAUCAGAAUACAGACUCAACAUUUAUGGAGUAUGAUUGCAUGGUGGUUAUGCUUCCAUUGGGGAGAUGGAAAUGGUCUUUCGAGUGUUUUGUUUGUUAGAUAUCUGACAUAUUAAACUCAGCUGCA